AUGUCCUCGUCUCCUCACGAGUCGUCAUCGUCUGCAGGCAAUCCUCUCGUGCAGCAGACACUCUCGUUGAUGAGCACCGCAGCGGGCUACAUGCGCCUGCCAGCCAUCGCGACUUCUGGGCUUGCAGCCUUGCUGACAGCUCUCCUGUACUUCAAGCAAAAGUAUAUCCUCCAUCGCCCCCCCGAUUUCAACGAUAACGUCAUCCUAACCUCAUCUUCCCCUCUCAGAGCACUAAUCUACCCGGCCUCCAUCCCCGCCAACGCCCGCACUGACGUGCCCCGGCCGAGCCAAUACCACUUCAGCGACUACGAAGAGCUCAUCAUCCCCACCAACGAUGGCGAGAAGCUCUCGGCCUUUUACAUCCGGGGCCCUCGGCGAAACAACCCCAACUCGGACGUGACCGUGCUUAUGUUCCACGGCAACGCAGGUAACAUUGGUCAUCGUCUCCCCAUCGCCCGUAUGCUCAUCGCCGCCACGGGGUGCAACGUCUUUAUGCUUGAAUACCGAGGAUAUGGCAUCUCCACUGGUACGCCUGAUGAAUCAGGGUUGAACAUGGAUGCCCAGACGGCAUUGGAUUACCUGAGGGAUAGGGCCGAGACGAGAAACCACAAGAUUGUGGUGUAUGGUCAGAGUUUGGGGGGUGCGGUGGGGAUCAAGCUGGUGGCUAAGAACCAGUCCCAGGGCGGGAAGGGAGGGGAUAUUGUGGGGUUGGUGCUGGAGAAUACCUUUUUGAGCAUGAGGAAGCUGAUCCCGAGUAUUAUGCCGCCGGCCAAGUAUUUGGCGUAUUUGUGCCAUCAGGUGUGGGGAAGCGAUGGGUUGAUUGGGGGGAUCAAGGUGCCGACGCUGUUUUUGAGUGGGUUGCAGGAUGAGAUUGUUCCUCCAAUCCAUAUGAAGAAGCUCUAUGACUUGAGCAACGCCCCGGUCAAGAUUUGGAAGCCGCUGCCUGGGGGAGAUCACAACUCGAGUGUGAUUGAAGAAGGGUAUUUCGAGGCCAUUGCCGAGUUUAUCAACAGGGUUGUGAGGGAAAGGAGGGAGAAGGACGAGAAGGAUGAGCUUUGA